AUGCGUGAGCAAUUGCUCUGGAUGUUAGGCCAGCUAAGUGGCCGACACUUCGAAACACACAAGUCCCCUUCGCCCCUGCGGUUUCCCGCUUCAGGUCAAUUCAAAAUCUCCAUCUUUGAAGACCUUCACUUCGGCGAAGCAGAACACACGACCUGGGGCCCUCGCCAGGACGCAGCCACCCUCUCCGUCAUGUCCACCCUCCUCGAUGUCGAGAAACCUGACCUCGUAGUCCUCAAUGGCGACCUCAUCACUGGGGACGACACGUUCUUGGACAACAGCACAUCUUACCUCGAUCUCCUCGUCGCGCCCCUCAUCUCCCGCGCCAUCCCCUGGGCCUCGACCUAUGGCAAUCACGACAUAAACUACAACCUCUCCACCUCAGCCCUGCUCGCCCGCGAGCACCGCUACCCCCUCAGCCACACCCAACAGCACCUCUCCUCUCCAUCCGCCGGCGUGUCAAACUACUACCUUCCCAUCUACCCCCCCUCCACCACCUCCGAAACCUCCUCCGACACCACCGCCCCAUCCCUGAUCCUCUACUUCUUCGACUCCCGCGGCGGCCGCGCCUACCAGCGCCUCCAAUCCGACAACACCACCAUCCCCCUCCCCAGCGUCGUCUCCCCCUCCGUCGUCUCCUGGUUCCGCGCCACCUCCACCGCCCUCGCGACGCAGCACAAGCGCCACAUCCCCAGCCUGGCCUUCGUGCACAUCCCUUCCUCACUCAUGCGCGCCCUCGAAGACGACGACGACGACUUGGGACACGGCGUGCACCCGCACCGCCAGCCGGGCCUCAACGAGGAACCGGCCUUCACGCCGCAAGAUGGCGACGAUGAAUUCGUGCGGGCUCUGCUGGAUACGGAAGGGUUGAUGGUCGUCUUCUCGGGCCACCAGCAUGGGAAUGACUGGUGUGGAGCGCGGCCGCGGUCGCGGACACCCGCAUCCUCCUCCUCCUCCUCCUCCUCCUCAUCAUCAGGAGACAAGCACAACGCCCCCCACGGCCACGGCCAGAGCCAGAAGGAGCUGCCGCCGCCGCCGCCGCUCUUCGCCUGUUUCGGCAGGCACACGGGGUAUGGCGGGUACGGGCGCUGGGAGCGGGGGGCGCGCCAGGUAGUCCUGGACCUUAAGACGAUGGAGUCAGGCGAAGGCGAGGGCGAGGGCGUGGGCGUUGGGGAGAUCGAGGCGGAGAUUGAGACGUGGGUGCGGCUCGAGCGCGGCGGCGUGAGCGGGCAUGUGGUGCUGAACGCGACGUAUGGCGAGGACGUGUACCCGAAGGUGAGGAAGACGUUUACUCGGCUAGAUGACGAUGACGAUGACGAUAGGGAGGGUGGGGUGGUGGAUGCUGAGGCAGGGCAGUGA